AUGAAGACGAUCAUCGCGACCGAGUCCCGCGAUGCCGCGAUCCGCGAGUGUCGUCGCAAGGUCGAGAAGAUCUCGCGCGAGUGCCGCCUGGACAACGUCAAGUACCGGGACCCGCACUUUGACCUCGCGAAUAUGGCCGAUUUUUGUCUCAAUGGGCUGAGGCAGGGCGAGGAGGGCGCGCCGCGGCCGGCCGCAGCGAAACGCGUCGGCGAUCUCUACGAUGAGCCGCUUUUCAUUGUCGAUGGCAUCCGCGCCGGUGAUAUCAAGCAGGGCGGCGUUGGCGAUUGCUGGUUCCUCGCGCCGGUCGCGACGAUCGCGAACAUGCCCACGCUGCUCGAGUCGAUCUGUGUCGCGCGCGAUGAACAAGUCGGGGUCUACGGGUUCAUCUUCUUCCGCGACGGCGAGUGGAUCUCCGAGGUCAUCGACGACCAGCUCUUCGUGACGUACCCGGACUACGCCAACGUAGUCGACGACGACAUGAAACGCGUGUUCCCGACCGAGGAGGAGUACGUCAAAGCCGUCCAGCGCGGCUCGAACGCACUCCAUUUCGCAAAAUGCGUCGAUUCGAAUGAGUCCUGGCUCCCCCUGCUCGAGAAGGCGUACGCCAAGGCGCAUGGCGAUUACUCCUCCAUCGUGGGUGGGUUCACGGGCGAAGGGGUCGAGGAUUUGACCGGUGGCGCCGUCGAGAUCAAGGGGACGCGUCUCGUGCAGGUGCGGAACCCAUGGGGCCAGUCCGAGUGGACGGGUCGAUGGGCCGAUGGCUCGCCCGAGUGGACGGCCGAGUGGAUGACCGCGCUGAACCAUCGGUUCGGGGACGAUGGCGCGUUCUGGAUGAGCUAUGACGAUUUCCUGGCCACGUUCACGGUUCUUGAUCGCGCGCGGAUCUUCACGCCCGAGUGGACCAUGGCGCAGGCCUGGACCCUGGUCGAAGCGCUCUGGCCGGCCAAGUUUGCGGGGCAGGAAUUCAAGCUCACACUGAGCAAGCGCUCGCCGGUCGUGAUCGCGCUGCAGCAAGCGGAUGCGCGGUAUUUCACGGGGCUUGAGGGAAAGUACGAAUUUCGGCUGCAUUUCCGCGUGCGUCGCGAGGGCGAGAGUGAUUACUAUGCGCGCUCGAAGCAGACACUGACGAUGAACCGUUCGGUGAAUAAGGAGUUGUUCCUGGAGGCCGGCACGUGGCGUGUGAGUGUCAGAGUCUCCCGCGAGCGGACGGCUCGGGUGUCGCGGUUGGACUAUAUGAAGGCAUUCGUGAACGAGCAGUCGGCGAAAUUCCUCGCGGUCGCGCGGAAUUUCGAAUACGCGCUUGACAAGGCCGUGGAUACGACGCAGUGGGAGCAGAUUGAAGAGGAGGUGGAGGAGGAGGUUGUGGUGGAGCAAGUGGAGGGGGAGCCCGAGGAGGAGCAGGCGGGUGAAAAGGAGGGAGCAGAUGAGGAGGAAGAAGAGGAGGACGACAACGACGACACUGAUGCGGUGACAGUGGUUGGUGUGCGUGUGUACGCCGCGGACCUGAAGCUCAAGGUCGAGUGUGCGCCCGUGGAGGACGUGCAGCUGGGCUUGGACCAUCUCACAAAUGGGGAGUUGGAAAACCUGCUGUAA